GACAGGCAGCGCGAGGACAGCCCGGGGGCCUUCGGAGCGGGGGCGGGGCGGGCAGCGGCGCGGGCAGCUCGGGGAUCUGCGGGGCGGAGCGCUGGGCCGCGAUGGAGGAACUGGACACGGAGCCACCGGUGGUGGUGGUGCCGGGCGCGGACCCGUCUGCCCGGCAGCUCUGCUUGGCCUGGGGCCCCGCUGAGGUGCUGCUGUGCGAGACCCGCUUCGGCCGCAGAGGGCCCGCGGAGGGGGGGCCCGGCCCCUCCCGCCUCUUCGUGCUCCGCAAGGAUCAGGACAUCUACAUCAAGAGUCUGCGGAAGCUCUUCAACGAGUCGCACGGGAUCUUCCUGGGCCUGCAGCGCAGCGAGGAGGAGCUGGCGGGCAAGACCAGGAAGGCGCAAUUGGUCCAAGUGAGCAAAAACUACCGGUCGGUGAUGAGGGCCUGCAUGGAGGACAUGCACCAGGCCGCCAUUUCCGCCCGGGACCCGGCCCUGCACAGCCAGUACAGCACCCAGGUUUCCAUUCUCUCUGCGAUGGAGCUGAUCUGGAACCUGUGUGAGAUUCUGUUUGUUGAAGCAGCUGCAGCUGGUCCCCUUCUGUUUCACCUCCUGGAGUGGGUUCGACUUCAUGUCUGUGAUGUGGACAGCAUGGUCCGUGAAGUUCUGAGCAGUGAAAACCCAUCAAAGCACGAGCUCUUCUGGAAUGCAGUGGACAUCUUUGUGCUGCAAGGCCGAAUGGAUGAAGCGCGGCACUUGCUCUCCAAGGAAGCCAGCGCCAAUCCUGCGUCGGUGAACAUGUACAGGAUCUUGGAUGACCUGAUGAAGAAGAUGCCAGUGCCCAGUCUCAGCAACACGCAGACGCUGACUGAGGUGGAGCUGAAGUGGCAGCACUGGCAUGAAGAAUGUCAGCGGUAUCUACAGGAUGGAACUUUUGCUUCCAAUUCCCGCAUGGAAUCCAUCUGCAAGGUCCUGCUGGGAGACGAGGAUGCCAUCCUGGAGAAGAAGGAGCUCAUGAGUACGUGGUACCACUUUCUGGUUACCCGGCUCCUGUAUUCCCACCCGACGGUGAAGCCAAUGGAGCUGCGCUUUUAUGCCCAGUCUAGUCUGGACCUGUUCCAGGGCGGAGAGAGCAGCCCGGAGCCUCUAGACACCAUCUUAAUGGCAGCCUUUGAAUUUGAGAUGCAUCAAGUGAUCAAGGAAUGCAGCAUCGCCCUGAGCAACUGGUGGUUUGUGGCUCACCUGACGGACCUGCUGGAUCACUGUAAACUCCUGCAGUCUCACAAUCUCUAUUUUGGUUCAAAUAUGCGUGAAUUCCUUCUGCUGGAGUACGCCUCGGGACUCUUCUCCCAUCACAGCCUGUGGCAGCUGGGGGUCAAUUACUUCGACCAUUGCCCAGAGUACGGCCGGGUGUACUUGGAGCUUCACAUCGAGCGGAUACCCCUGAACACGGAGCAGAAGGCCCUCAAAGUGCUGAGGAUAUGUGAGCAGAGACAGAUGCACGAACAAGUUCGCAGCAUCUGUAAGAUCAUGGCCAUGAAAGCUCUGCGGAACAACCGACUGGGCUCUGCCCUGUCCUGGAGCAUCAGAGCUAAGGACGCUGCUUUUGCUACGCUGAUAUCGGAUCGAUUCCUCAAGGACUAUUGCGAGAGGGGCUGCUUCUCUGACCUGGACCUCAUUGAUAACCUGGGGCCGUCUAUGCUGCUCAGCGACCGGCUGACAUUCCUUGGGAAGUACCGUGAGUUCCACCGGCUCUAUGGGGAGAAGCGCUUCGCCGAGGCCGCACGGCUGCUGCUGAUGCUGAUGACGGCUCACAUCGCGCCCUGCUCCUUCUGGAUGACGCUGCUGACAGACGCCCUUCCCCUGCUGGAGCAGAAGGAGAUCAUCUUCUCAGCCGAGCAGACGUAUGAGCUGAUGCGAUGCUUGGGAGACCUGACGGCAGGGAAGGCGGCUCAGCAGAAAUGCCAGGAUGACGACGUCGAGACCAUGAAAGUGGAAAUGCUGAGGUUGGCUCUUGCGCGCAACCUUGCACGGGUCAUUGUCAAAGAAGGCACACUGGAGGGGUCGUGAGGGGGGUGGGAGAGCUCUUGCUCUUCCCCCAGCCUCGAUGUACAUAAACCUGACCGCUUUUCUACGAGUAAACACCCUGUUUUGCACAUUGCUGGAGUUGUUC